GUGGUCCCCCUCUUUAAGAAGGGAGACCGCACAGACUGUAACAACUACAGGGGCAUCUCACUCCUCAGUGUGUCCUGGCAAGGAUUAUUCAACAUCGCCUUGCUAGGCACGCUGAGGAGGGGCUUGCGGAGCCCCAAUGCGGUUUCAGGAAAGGGCGGUCCUGCACAGAUGCCAUAUUUUCUGUCCGUCUGCUACAGCAGAGGUGUAGGGAAUUCCAAAAAGACCUACAUCUCUGCUUUAUUGACCUGGUCAAGGCCUAUGAUACCAUCAGUAGGACUGGACUCUGGGUUGUUCUUCGUGCUUUCGGAGUCCCUGACCCUCUGCUCACGAUCAUUAAGGACCUUCAUGAUGGUGAGCGGGCCCGGGUAAAACUACGUGGCCGGGAGUCGGAGCCUUUCCCUGUACACCUUGGGGUGCGACAGGGAUGUCCUCUGGCUCCCACAUUAUUUAACAUCUAUUUUGACCGCGUAGUUCGUGAAGCCUUCAAUAGCUGUACCGGGGGAAUUUCCGUUUGGUACAGAUAUAAUGGGAGGCUGAUCGACGCCCGGGUGCGAUCAAGGGAUGGCUCCCUAUUGGUCAACCACGUUAUGUAUGCCGAUGAUUUGGUAAUAGCUGCUCAUUCAGAAGAGGAGUUGGAGGCGCUGCUGCUGAGACUGGAGCGUGCCACUAAGAGGUGGGGCCUUACCAUCAGCCCCACCAAAACCAAGCACCUGCCUGGGUAUUUUGUACCAUCGGACACUCCACCCCCACAACUCCCAAUUGGUGAUGGGGCAGUUGUGGAGAGAGUGGAGAGUUUCCCAUACCUGGGCAGUGUGCUUAUGACCGGCUCCAGUCUAUCAGCAGAGGUCUCACUCCGAAUCAGUCGAGCGGCAAUAUCUUUUCAUCGGUUGCGUAACGCUGUGUGGAAGCUACCUGGUCUGUCGCUCCGCACGAAGCUUCAGGUCUUCUCGGCCACGGUCAUUCCCUCCCUUCUCUACGCUUGCGAGACGUGGACCCCCCUGGUGGAGCAUCUUCGCCGGUUGGAAACAUUUAGGCUGGCCUGCCUACGAUCCAUCCUGGGUUUAACCAGGCUGGAUUGUGUGAGGAGCUCACAAAUCCUUGAAAGAUCUGGGCAAAGUCCCAUCAGUGAGCUCCUCCGGCAGGCAAGGCUGCGUUGGCUGGGUCAUGUAGCCCGCAUGCCCAGCCACCGCAUGCCUAAACAGCUUUUGUUCGGCCGGAUCGAGGGGGCUAGACGGGCGCGGCACGGGCUGGAGAAGAGAUGGAGUGAUGUGGUACAGGAGGACGUGGAGCUGAGUGGACUUGCCGAUGACUGGUACCAGCGGUGUCAAGAUCGGCCUCAGUGGAGGAGGCUCGUGAAGGACGCUACUGGGCAGUUGGAGGCAGUCGCCCUCCAACAACAACGGAGGGCGGAGGAGCGACGCUCACAACAACGAGCGGAGCGCCGGGUGGCUAAAGCACAGCAAGUUGGCACAGUAGGGGGCACAGGUGGUGCAUCAGCCAGUCAUCUCGGUCAUCUCGGUCAGUCGACCAGUGGCACCUGGGUCUGCCCCGUGACCUCCUGCCAGCGGGCUUUCGACACUUCACGUGGCCUCAAGGUGCACUUGGCCUGGCACAAGCAUCGUGGUGACGUCACCGCCACUUAGUGGCGAAUGGCGGUUGUUGUUGUUGUUGUGUGUGUGAGAGUGUGUGUUGUAAGAGUGUGUUGUGUGUGAGAGUGUGUGUGUGUGGG